GUCAGAAUCAUCAAUUGUCAGUCAAGCCAAUAAUUCAGACUUCGAUUUUCUAGGAUUAUAAAUAGAUUUCUCACAGAUUUCUAUUUUACAUUAUCUAUUUAAGAUAUAUUAUCUGCAUUCCGUACGUAUAUCCAUCUAAGUGAAUAACUACUUAAUUAAAUUUUUCCAUUAUCUCUAAGAGACACAGGUAUGGUAAACUGGGCUGACACUUUAAUGAUAAAUACGGUGACUGAUGGAACAAUGAAAUUUUUGCGCCAGAUCGGAGUUUUUAAGACAAAUUCAUUGGAUCCACCACCAGCCCCAAUCAUGAUUAAGAGGCCUCUAUGGGAACUUGCACAAGAAGCCGGGCCGUUCGUGCGGCUAGCGGGGCUGAGCGGAGCUGCAGCUGUGGUCUUGGGUGCCAUGGGCGCGCAUAGGACAUUUCCCGAAACAGACACUAAAGAAGAUUUGAAGAAAAUCUUUGAAACUGCCAAUAGAUUCCAUUUUCUUCACACUCUUGCUUUAAUGACAGUGCCCUUGUGCAAAAGGCCAAUUAUUGCUGGCUCAUUCUUCAUAGCUGGCAUGGGGCUAUUCAGUGGCACUUGUUACUACCACUGCUUCACCGGAGACCGCAGCCUGCGACGUCUGACACCCAUUGGAGGCUCCUGUUUGAUCCUUGGGUGGAUUGCUAUGGUACUGUAAAACCUAGACCGUAUUUCAGUCUAUUUCAUAUGUUCAAAUGUAUAUGUCUAAGAAAGAGCCAAGUAGAAAUUUUUCUUCAUUCCAUUUAGUCAUCAAAUAUUUAGAAGUGAAUUUGUUAGUGUCUAAGUAGUAUGUAUCUAGCAGGUACAUAUGUAUUAUGGAUAUGGUGUAAUGUGAAUGUUUUUUCAGUAUCUUUAUAAAAGAUGCUACAUAAGGCAGUCAUUGAAACAUGUAGUUGUGAAUUUAUAUUUAUUAAUAUUAAUUAAUAUGUAGGUGUGUAAUAUGAUUUGAAUUUAUUUAUUUCAAAGAAAAUACUACAGCACAAUUUUUUUUAUUUGACUAUAUUUCAUGCUGAGACGAUGAUUAAUAUCAAUUACAUACUUAAAUGAUAGAAUUUGUGAAGUCAGUUUGUACAUACAUAAUUUAUAGUAACUGUGUGACAUUGUUUAUUAUAUUAAAAUAAAGUUAAAUAUUAAAAAAUUGGUUUAUAUUUCAUACAUUUAACUUAAGACCAAAUCAAGUCUAAAAAAAAUGUACUGAUUAAAUGUCCCCGUUAUUGUCGCUACAGAUUGAAAUUAUGGAACUCAUAUGAUUUUGAGUUAAAUUAUUUUUUACAGACUUGACACCCAUGCGAUUUGUUCCCGUUCUAUGUUUAACUUUUUCCAGAAGUUAUCAGGCCCUGUGGUAAAAGCUCUCCAAAUGACCUUCUUAUUUUGCUGGCCUGGAUUGGCCCAAGUCUUAGACAUUUGUUUUGCUUGAACUUUCUUUGUGGCUAAGCUAAAUCAGUGUAUAUAAUUUGUUCCUUAUAUAUUUUUCAUUGAAAUCUGUCAUAACUGGUUGCAAUUAACCAAAACCACCUACAAAAUCUACAGGUACAGAGUAGUUCUGAAACUACUCUUUUCCUUACAAAGAAUUCUCAUUCUCAGUAGAAUCCUCUCCACUGUAAAGUUGCGUCUGCCAAAAAUUUAUGAGAAAUGAUUUGCCAAAAUUAUUAAGUACAGUUGGCAACUGGCCAUGAACAGAACCCAAUCAUAGACUGAUGCAAUAAAUAUUUUGAUUCAAGUCUUCCUUGCAAUAUCUGAGUAGAUGUAUGCAAUGCAAUCUAUGUAUUAUAAGUGUUAUCGACAUUGAUGAUAGAAGUACAUACCUCAUACAGGAUUUUUUAACAUUCUUAUUUAAUGAAAAAUCUUAAUGAAUACAAACUUAAACUACUUAUACUGGAAAUAGGUUAAAAUCUUUAAUUUUUGACAGGUUGAAAGUGAAUGUUGGUGGGACACAAUCAUUGUUAUGUUCGCGUCAGUCCUACCAUUGUGAAUAUCGGAAAAUGGCAACAAUAAAUAAAUGAAACACAAACUUGAUCAAUAUUGUUUACAUGGUUUUAUUGAAAUUGUUACAUAUUAAAUUUUGCACUUUUUCUUUACUCAUUAAUGAUACUUAAAUGUUACUCAAAACAUACACCGUUUGGUAAUAAAUGCUAUUAUAUUUAUAAGACUCUCAUAGAAGAUUCGUAGUGGACUCCCGAAAACUAAUAUUAAUUAUAGUACUUUAGAAUAUUAAGGUGACUAUUAAGAGAUGUGUAUACAGUGUGCGCGGAUUGCGGGCAUCAAGUGAGGUUAGGUACCGCCGGUAGGAAAUGACGACAGCCUCCCAUCGAGAGUCACUCUAAAUCAAUAAAGAAAUAUACAAAGCUAUCACAUUAAAUUAACACAAAAUAUAGCUAUAAACAUAUUUAUGUAU